AUGUUGAGGGAGUUUUGUUUCCGCAAUGCCGCCUUGUUUCAUGAGCAUUACAAGGUGCGCUAUAUCCCUCGUGGUUUGGGCUCGUGGCUAUUCUACAUUCUUUGCCUCCUUGCUAUUCUAGUGGCGCCGGUGUUCAUUGGGUUGGCGAUGAGAAACUUCUGGUUGAGGAGUAAUUCCUUCAUGCAGAUGCCGCAUGUUUAUUUUACGAACCGCUGCGUCCUGCGCUACACCACCGUUAAGGGACAGGAGAAGCUUUGGACCUGCUCAAACGAAUUUAACGAAAAACAUAUUAACGUUCAGGAGCAAUUGGCGGUGCUGCCAUUCUUCUCCAUCUACGAAGACGACCGUGACGGCGACGGUCGUGUGGACUUCGUGACAAUGAUUCUCAGUUUGCCCAUCAACGACGUGGGCGACAUCGAGAAGGACGUGACACCUUCUGACAUGGGGGACGCUGUUUUUCAGGUAGAUUUCCUUCCCGAGUUCUUCUAUGAGUUUGAUCAUCACAUCGUCACGCUCAAGAUGAGGACGGCGGCACUCUUUAGCUUUAAACGUGACCAUUGGAUACCCGGAACCGAGGGGGGACCACUUUCUGCCAUUACAGAGGGUGACCUGCUAUUCCACUCGACAGAACCACUUAUAGCCUCCCCGAAUGUCCGUUACACGAGGACGUACAUCGAUAGCCCCUUUGAUAACGUCACGGAUGUGGAUGAACUGCUUAACGUGCCUCUAUUUGCCAGUCAAUACACCCUGCGGAACCAGUCGUUGCAGUUUAAACCCAAAUUGGAGACCGUUGGAGGACUUGCUUUACUACGGGAUGAAAACUACAACCGUGUGCUCGGCGAGGAUUUAGACGCUUUAGGUGCUUUCACCUGGCGUAUUAAACUACACAUUCAACGUGCGGAGGUGAAUUACGUCCCGUCGAUCCAAGAAGCCUUAAAAUGGGCAUGGGUGCAGUACUUCUGUAUUGCCUACGUCCUUCAACGGCUACUUUGGUGGCUGCGUGGUAUUCUUGUAAAGACGGGUGUGUUGGGCAGUACAGCCUUUUUUCAUCGCGGCUGGAAGUCCAGCUAG